AUGAAGACAGAAGUCACAUCAGCGAUGAAAUGGAUUCAUAUCGGAGCAAUCCAGCUGGUAAUCAAAUCCUCACUUUCAACGGGAAUUGAUUUACCAAUUGAUAUUGCAAUAUGCGAUAAGAUGAUUAUAACCACAAGUGAUACAGUGCUGGGAGCUUUCUCAGGCAAUCUCUAUGCCAAGCAGAUUAUAACCGAAUUAUACCCACAGAUCGCUUAUAAUCUUCAAGAUACAAACUUCAGCAGAGCCCUGACACUCUAUCAGGAUUACAAGAGGAAUGAUAUGUUGACAGAAGGGAAUAGGCCAUACUCGAUUACUUAUCAAGUAUCGUACGCCUUAUCAAAUUCCCAUCAUACGGAUUUAUUUCUAUGGAAAAAUUUUAUUGAGAUCCCAGAAAUAUUCAAAGAGGUGGCUAAGCAACUCGAGGGAGCAUUUAAUCGAGCUAUGCCAGUCAGCUUUCGCAGUAAGCGUGGUGAUGAUGAAGGCAAACUUCGGCGUCCACAAAUGAAGGACCAACUGAGGUUUAGAGAUGUUCUGCUCAAAUGCAGAGCCGAGGGAUUUUCAAACCUCUCUGAGGAAGAAACCCAAAUCCUCAAAGUCGCCUUAAUAUCACACAAAGAUAUUAAGGAAGAAGAAUAA